AUGGUGUGGACACUCUGCCUGAGCACCGCACUCUUGCCCAUCGUACUCGCAGCGCCCACGGGAAACGCAACUGCAACAGCGACAAACCUCUUGCCUGUCCCCUCGUACGCGACCCAGUCCACCGCAGCGUUUGCGACCGCGACAGCCAAGGCGCUCGCUUCGUCUUUGCCUGGGUACACCUACAACCUCACCGAAGAGAGCGAAGCGACCCGCGUCUCCAUCUGUAACCAAACGACAGCGUUCUGUGCUUCGGCGGGGUGCUCGGCCGACAAUGCGAAUGUGACGGUCAACUUUUGCAACCCGACGACUCUGGGCUGGAACUGCGAGUGCAACAACAAGGCGCAGAGCAGGCUACAGCCCCUCACUGUCCCCGUAAACACCUACGACUGCCGCCUCCGCACCUCUGCCUGCCUCGACCAAUGCCAAAACCCGAAAGCCUCGCCGCCCGUCAAAGACGUCCAGGCGUGCCGGAACGCGUGCAAUUACGUGAUUGGCAGUACGUGCGGGACGGGCAAUCAGGUGCUGCCGGAGUAUCAGGUCAAGAAUGAGGGGGACAAGCCGAAAUACUACGCCGACACCUCCAAAGGCGGCGUCGCAAUGGGCAUCACGACCUCCUCCGCGCUCCGGUCACUCGGCUCGCCUGCGCCUGUGCUGGCGGGACUUUUGGCGGUUGUUGUUGGUGUGGUGGUGGUUGGAUGGCGCUGA